AUGCCGGCCCGGGCCGGCUUUUUGGGAAGCCCAUUCCCACCGCGCUCACGGCCCGGCUGGCCUGCCAGCGUAAGAGAAGGGCAGCGUUACCUGUUUGAAGUGGCAAGAGAGACAACUCGCAGUAAGAGAAGAGCCUUAAUCGAGGACGGACGUACCGGCACUGGGGGGGCCAACGCGGAGACUGACAAUGGAAGCGGCGCGCGAAGACGAGGCGGGGUGCGGGGCCGAGGAGGAGUGAAUGAAGGUCAAGGAAGUAUCCUUGUUUUAGAAACUCAAUUAAUUAAGGCUGAGAAUGUCCCAAGUCAAAGAAACCAGAGGUGGGCUACAAAACCUCCGACUAAUAUUUCGAAGAUGGAUAAGACAUCACUUCAACUUUCAACACGCCUGCUUCAUGCCCGUCAAUCCCCAAGCGCCAAAUUAGGGUUCCGGUCGAGAAACUCUGCCGCCCCACUAACCUCAGACUCUGAAAAUCCUCGAAAAAGAAGGCCCGCAGCUGGCGAUUCAGUUCAAAUUUGUGAGUCCUGUUGA